AUGCUCUUCCCCCUCUGUCUCUCAGUCUCUUCCCGACGCUCGGCUUCGGCGGCGACUCUCGCCGCUUCCUCCAUCUCGCCACCUCGACCACCUUCUCGGCCUCAGCAGCGGCCGUCGCUUCAUCCACGCCGUCUUCCUGCGACGCUCCGCCGCAUCCGCUUGGAUGGCUCCACCAAGAAGCCUCUCCGGACGAGCGGAGGAUCGCGUCUGACGCGCAAUCGAAGCAAUCGUCUCAUCGCCGUCAUCCAUGGCGAUGCCCUUUCCCUUUCUGUCUUUGGAUUCAUCUCAAUUGAAUGA